UACGCAGACAUAAGCACACUUGACACCAUCGAGGUGUGGAUGUUUACUUUCUACACGAGUUGUUAUUUUUCAUUUUCGUCUUAAGAACAGACUGUAGUGGUAAAAUGAAAAAAAGUUUAAAUGUUUGUGCCAUUUAAGGGAAAUGGAAUUCUAAGCAUCACUCCAGUCAGAAGAGGCUCAGCGAAGUUUCAUUUCAAUUAAUUUGCUAUGGCCUCACUCUAGUGUUCCAGCUCAGCCAACAUUCUUUGGCAGUUUUUCAGCUUUGGGUGAAUUUUGACUCAUUCUCUUGUCCAGCCUACUCCUGUCCAGGCCUGCUAGCCUGGUGCUGGCUGUGUUCUCUAUGUGGUCUUAAGCAUUAGCAUGUAGCCCUGGGUGUAUGUGUACCAUUCAGAGAGUGAACGGGCAAGACUAAAUAUUUAAGUGCCUUUGAAACGGGUAUGGUAGUAUGUGCCAGGCACACCGGGCUGUGUCAAGAACUGCAACGCUGUUGGGGUUCACACUCAACAGUUUCCCGUGUGGAACAAGAAUGGUCCACCACCCAAAGGACAUCCAGCCAACUUGACAACUGUGAAACCCAUCGGGUGGUCCUGAGUUUCAUCAGCUGUUUUGCCGGAGGCGUCUUCCUGGCUGCCUGUCUAUUGGACAUCAUCCCAGACUACCUGUCAGACAUCAAUGCUGAGCUGGCCGCACGGAGUGUGGACACCAGCUUCCCCCUCCCAGAGUUCAUCAUGGCUGCAGGCUUCUUCACUGUGCUCAUUGUGGAGAGGAUCGUUCUGAACUGCAGACAAGAUGCCAUGCAAGGGUCAGACCAGGAGGGAGCACCUCUGAUGCGGGCCAAAGGGCACAGCCAUGGGCAGGGGAAAGCCGCAUCCACCAACCUGGAGGGUAGUGCCCACCACGUCCACAUGGAUCUCCAGGCCCACUCCUCCUUUCGCUCAUUCAUGCUCUUUUUCUCACUCUCCCUCCAUUCUGUGUUUGAGGGCCUGGCCAUCGGACUGCAGACCACAGACUCAAAGGUAUUAGAAAUCUGCAUUGCCAUUGUGGUCCACAAGAGCAUCAUCGUGUUCAGCCUAUCGGUGAAGCUGGUGCAAAGCGCAGUCCCGCCCAUGUGGGUUGCGGCCUACGUGGGCGUCUUCGCUAUGAUGUCUCCGCUGGGCAUCGCAGUGGGCAUCGGGGUUAUCGAGGCCCAGCUGGCGGCAGGCGUUCUGAUCCAGGCCAUCCUGGAGGGGCUGGCUGCUGGGACUUUUAUUUACAUCACCUUCAUGGAGAUCCUGCCUCACGAGCUGAACUCCCCGGAGAACCAGCUGCUCAAGGUGUUCUUCAUUCUGCUCGGCUUCAGCAUCAUGGCGGGCCUCACCUUCCUGGGUUGAGAGCAUGUCACCCACUGGGGCAACUGACCUAGCAGGAAUAUGGGGGUGCCUCAUAUGAUUCAUGGGACUUGAUGUUGUGUACUAAGGUCGCCAUGAGGGGAGGUGUCUCGGGGAGAUGGCCAACAUAAAAAAUUGUCAUUUUUUUCUGCAGGGUGUGUGCAGGGGAGAUUACUGUGCCCAUGUCUGGCUGCACCCGUGUGCCACUUUUAUUUGAGGGUCAUAGCUGUUCUUACUCAGUAUUUUUGUUUUUAAGGUUGUGAUACUCAUUUGUUUUUUAUACAGCUUUUAGCAUAGAUUUUAAUUUCACAGCCAAGGAUGGUAAGACAGUCUUUCAUUUAAGAACUUUUAAUGAUUUCAAAUAGAUUAUAUUUAGUUGAUUUGUUUUAGCACUGGGAAAAUAAGUACACGGCAAUAUUGGUUGUUUUUAUUCUUUGGCAUACAUACCAGUGGUUGUUAUUAUAUUCUUUAACAAUCGCUGUUUAAUCUUUUUCACAUAACUGAGGAUCACUGAAAAAAAAGAGCUGUUCAAACGGACAUGAUUGCCUGGUCUCUUUAGCAAAUGACAGGUGUGGCAAGGAGAGUCUGGAUACUUAACAUCUCUUAAUAGUCAAAUGAAUCUGUCGCAUCAAUGUCUCAUUUAUGUAUACAAGUUAAAAUGUCAAUUGCAUUAUGUUUACACUAUUUGGAUGUGAGCACUAUUUGUGUAGCCUCCACAGUUAAAUUGAAGUAUUAAAUGUUUUAUCACUGUUGUGGAACAAAUUGUUUUCACCUUGAACUAUACUAUGCCUUACAAAUGACUAAAGCUGUUUUUUAUUGUCAGAGGAUAGGUGCAAUGAAAUGUGUUUUACAGGGUCAGCCAUAGUAGUACAGUGCCCCUGGAGCAAAUUAUGAUUAAGUGCCUUGCUCAAGGGCACAUCGGCAGAUGUUUCGCCUUGUUGGCUAAUAUGCAAAGACAAAACAUUGUGACCAACAUUUUACAGUAUUUCUUUUUAAGACAUUGCAUAGAACCUCACAAUAUUGUCUGUGAAAUCAACAGAUGUGUUAAAUGUACCUAAGCAUAUCAAUGAUAAAUGUCUACAAUGUAUUAUUUUACAUGAGAUACUUGAGUGAUUGGUAGGGAGAGACACUUGUCCUUCAGUGUUAAAACACCAUCUUGGUAUGUGUCGUUUUUACCUCAUCACUUUUUGUGUGGAGACGUCAUUCCUUUCGUUUGUCAGUGCCACAUCACGAGUUUGGUACGGAGCAAUAAUCCGAUCACUUUUUAGAGACCAUAAUAUUUUAAAGAGCGAUUAUGAAGUUAUUUUUAGAGAGGUUAAGAAGUUCAACUAAAGCAUGUGUUUUCCUCAUUGUGUUGAUAGUUUCCAUAUCCCAGCCAUGAGUCAUGUUUCUGUUAACAAGGCUUCAAGUUUAUAACACUCACAAGUGACCCUCAGCUUCCUCUUACUCCUUCAAUCUCCUCUGACACUGUUGCAGUAAAAUAAUGAUUUAACAAGUUGACUAGGAUUUUGUUUAAAGUGUGUCUAUUGCGUAUGCUUUUGGUACAUGCACACUCAUCAUUACUAAGAGAAGCAUGGGGUUUUAUUUUUAGUAGGUGGGCAGGCUGGAGGAAUUGAGAUUCAGUGAUCGUCAGCCUGUGAUUUGUGUCCUGAAAUAACUGGAUGGUCUGACUGCGUUUACACAGGCAGCCCAAUUCUAAUAUUUUGCCCAAUUAUAGGCCAAAGAUCUGAAUUUGUCUGUAAACGCAGCCUAAGUGUCCCCAAACCUAUGUAGUUACGUCGGUAGGUAUAGUGUGGCACCUUAAUUGGGGAGAACGGGCUUGUGGUAAUGGCUGGAGCGAAAUUAGUGGAAUGGUAUCCAACACAUGGUUUCCAUGUGUUGGAUGCCAUUCCAUUUGCUCCAUUCCAGCAGCCUCCUGUGCAUUACAAUCGAAGUAGUUUGUGGGAUGAACAAUUUCAAACAAAGGUAACAUUUUGAUAAUGGUAAUAAAAUGGUCAUCUUGGGUAAUGAGGUUUAGAUUGCGUGCAUAUACAAUUUUAAAUAUGUAAUUAGACAUCACAAACCGGUGUACGUUAAGCACUAUAUAUUUUUAACUAGGCAGUUAAGAACAAAUUCUUAUUUACAGUGACGGCCUCAGAACGGUGCCUUGUUCAGAGGCAGAACGACAGAUUUUUACCUUGUCAGCGCGGGGAAUCGAUCUAGCAACCCGACGCUCUAACCACUAGGCUACCUGCCGCCCCAAACGGCAGGUAGCCUAGUGUAACUGUAGUUACGUUAGACCUGCCUGUCAGUGCCUUUUACUACAAUGUUUACUGAUUUGAUUUAUUCUGUAUAGUGUAAUUUCUAGUGGAGCAUUAGCCAUAAUUUCAAUGAGUUGAUUAAAAGUCUAUGGUUUA